AUGAGUUCCCUUCCUCCAUCCCUCCAUAUGUCUCUCCGCCGACAUCUUACACAAUGCGCUCGACGAAAUCCGCUCCGCCAACAACCUCGAUGGCUCUCUACCUCCCAUACUCUCCAGGCUUCAACCGCAGGUGCAAGGACAGCUGCAAGGGCGGCCGCAAGGGAAGAAGCGCGGUAUUCUACGAAAACAGCCCUUGACCAGCAUGUACAGUAUAAGAAGAGAAUGGCCAUAUCCGCCGCCGGACUAGUGGCGUGUGCUAUUGCCAUGUACGGCACUGUGACAUAUUAUUUCCCCAGCGGGCUGGCGGCAGAGAACACCACCGACGAUGCAAAGGACAACAAGGGAACCAAGGCGAAGAAUGAUGGAACAAUCAAACUCGACGGGCCGACGGGGCUGGGACUCGAUGAAUCCUCUACCGUGAUCAUCGAUGGUGUCGAGCAAGUUUCUACAGGCAACUCAACGAUACCUAAUUUCCCAAAGACCAUCCGAUUACCCAAGACGGUCGACGCAGGCGAUAGCCCUGACCUGAAAAUCGGCGACGAGCUAGCGGUCUCCAAUAACAUAAAUGAUAAGACGGCAGAAGAAUACCAGCUUCUUGGUCUGGGACUACGCACCGUCUCCUUCCUGAGCAUCCAAGUCUACGUCGUAGGCCUAUAUGUGGCUACGGCAGACAUUCCUGCUCUCCAAGCACGUCUAAUACAGCAAGGCGCUACGCCCGCCGUGACAGUAUCAGGCGCAGCUCCUACGGAUGACACAUUGGCCGCCUCCUCUCUCGUACCUCAAGAGCGCGAGGCACUUCAAGCCGCUCUCCUCGAGCCUGAAAAGGGCGAGCAGAUAAUGGACCAUAUCCUUCGUCAAGGCGGUAUACGUACCGUCUUCCGUAUAGUGCCAACGCGGAAUACGGAUUUCCUGCAUCUCCGUGAUGGAUGGGUGAGAGCUAUCACUGCCAGAGCUCAAAAGGCCAACGCUCGCGCCAAACAGUUGGCUGCUGGUGAUAAAUCUGAUGCUCCUGUCGAUGUUGAGUUUGCCGACGACUCCUUCGGUGUCGCUUUGUCUGAGUUUAAGACUUUGCUUGGUGGAGGAGUACGCAAGAAUGUACCCAAGGGCCAAACGCUGCUUUUGCUACGUGAUAAGCUGGGCGGGAUGGGGAUAGUGUACCAGCCUGGUGACACGAAGCCAAUGACAUGGCUGGGCCGAGUAGGUGAUGAGCGUGUCGGGCGAUUGGUAUGGCUGAAUUAUCUUGCUGGUAAAGCCGUGGCGAGCGAGAGUGCCAGGAAGAACAUUGUCGACGGCAUGAUGGGCAUCGUUGGCCGACCGAUUGGCACAGUUGAGAUGAAGGUUAUCUAA